AUGCGAUGGGCCAGUGCCGGUGUUUGCGCACGACUGGUCGAAAUGAGAAGACGAGCGAUUCAAUCGAGUCCCAAAUGUCUCGGGCCCGUCAAUGGCUGUGAUGUUCAAAACCACCAGAGUCGUCGGAAGUAUGAAGGUGCGUCAGACACCUGUUCGCGAGAGACGCCAGAUAGGGCAGGGCGGUGGAGGAUUGGGACGCAGGGUAUGGUCCAGCAGACGGGGAAAUUGAUGGAAAUGUGCAGGCCCUUCACUGCCGCCGUCGCGCACCGUCCAAUGUCCAUCUAUCGGCGCCGCGAUGGCAGCAGGAGUCGCGCAGGCAAUGGAGAGCAGGCGAAGAGGCGGAUGGAAUCGCGAGCGCUGCUGCCGUCGAAGUGCAAACGAAUCCGGUGGGCCAGGCGAGGCGAGGCGGCGGUGGUGUAUGGUGUGGUGUGGUGUGGUGGAGGUAAGGUGAAGUGGAGUGGAGUGGUUACAUCCAUCGCUGCAAACCAUCGUUCACGUGCUGCGAACUGUCGUUCAUCGCCCAUCGCCCUGUCGAUCCUCCAUGAUCAUCCCUGUGCCCGCGUGUGCCUGCAUUGGGCUGCAUGUCGAUGUGUGCUGAAGCAGACUGAUGUCGUCGCCUUGCGCUUGCCUUCGUCCAGAGCCGAGCCGAGCCGAGCCGAUCGUUUGCAGAGUCCAUCUCUCCAGAACAUCCUCUCGCACUCCAUCGACAUCGUAUUUCAUCUUGAUUCCAGCUGCAACUCCAGCAAAUACCAUUCCACCACUCAGCGUAUUCAUCCUCUGUGCCGCCGAGCAGAUGCGGGGAGUGACUCGACCCGCAUGCGGAUAGCACUCGCGAGAAAAGAUUCCCACGAAAGACGCCUUGGAACAACAUCAUACACCUUCCUUGAAUUACUGCGCCUGGCGAGCAGGAGGAAGAAUGAGCGGGCGUUCCGUGACGAGAGAAUUGAGCGUACGGGAAAGAGAACAGGAAAAGAUCAAAACAAAUGUGGCGCAGAAUCAGGGCGUUCCAUCUAUCGACACUAUGCUUCGCGGGCUGGAGGAGGAAUAAGCACAAGAAUUGAGCACAAAUAUGGCGCAGAAUCAAAGCUGUCCAUCUAUCGAACCUGCCUGCAUCACUCGUCAGCGCAAGAUCUCCAUGCUGAUACGAUUCAUGUCCUGGCGACCAAAUUGUACGUUCCACAUAUCGAAUAUACUUCCCACUUCCUCCGGCGUGACUCAGACCCAGGACCUGAUGUAGCCUCGAUGCUCUGCCCUCACCUCUUCCGCAUCGGUGGGCCACCCCGAACGAAAAUCCGUGGCCAGAUCAUCUCGAUCUACAUACCAAAAAGCCCUACCUCGAGCCUAUCUUUAAGCCCAAGUAUACCUGCGACUUGCUCCUUGGCUCUGACUGCUUUUGUUUCGCUUGAGGUCGUAAAAGGGCGCCGUGAAAGUUCUCUAUAUGUGAUGUUGGUGCUGAUACCGGAGAGGCACAAGCUCAAGCCAAUUACACCAAAGCCAGUCGGAUAUGCAGUUUUCGAUGCCCUUUCAUCUCCACGCCGUCUCAUGCCGCUUCUUUGGGCCCACUCAUACUACAUGGGCGUGCGCAGCGGCCGUCGACGAGACUCCACAUCUCAGUUACACCCAAUGAUGAUGAGGCCUCUCCAUUUGCCUUGCUUGUAUAAGUCGACAAACCCUGCAAACUACUAUCUCCCAAAGCGAGACACAACUCUACGCCGAUCAUGUCUCCUAACUUCUCAUCAACUUCCUGAACUACUAGAGUGGCAUUUCACAAAGGUAGCUGAGUCGAGAUUCGUGGUUUCGGGCAGUUGCUUGCUUGGAUCGGUCUAUCAAACGAGGAUGGCAUUGACAGUCAUGCCGGGAGCCUGGUUUUCAGAUCACAUGAAGUCAAGGCAGUGUAUGAACGGGAUCGCUGACAUUGAUAAUGAUAGACGUCUGAUCCUUGACGCUUCAAAUGUGAGGACUGAAAGUGUUGGUGGUGUGCUGUUUGGAAGCCGGUGGCUGAAGCAUCAUGCCGCACGAGCAUAUGACAUUAGAAAGAAGAAAGCCGCCCUUCACUCCAGGACUCAGAUUCGGAUGACACUCGCACUUGGCAGCUCUGGAGGCGAGGAGUUUUCCUGCGUGGUUGGCGAACUUAAGAAGAACGUGACGAGGGAAGACGGCUCGCCCAUGACCAGACAAUGCAAGCGCCAAGCCUGCGCGGGCCCUGAUGGUAUUUUCAUCGAUAGCGCUGUGACAGACAUCGCGCUCCUCGUUGCGGAUGGGAUUUUGUUCGAUUGCUUCUCAAAGCCACGACGGCCGCGCUUUCACUACAAACGAGAUGGCCCUAGAAUAAGCGAGGUUGCAGUUGAGCACAAAAUGUUUAUUCAUGUUUCCUGCAGCGGAAGGUGGAUUGGCAAUGAACACCUGCAGCCUUUUCUGAUUUGCAAUAUCGAGCCUGUUUCUUUCAGCGAGCCCGACUCGCAGCGACGGCUUCGAAUUCCAGUGGGCAUUGAUUUCGAAGCCUCACAGCCAGGAAGGACUCUCUUGGACCCGACCCUUGCUUUGAUUUGCUGCGGCGUCUACUUGUGUUGGAAAAUGCGGCGGCCCAUUGCACUUGCCCUGCGGAAUCAAGGGUCUCGGCCCGUGCCCGAACCCUGCCAGCGUGUCGCAUCUCGCAUCUUCUCCGCGCCCACAGAAUUGGAACAUUCGCAGAGUUGCCUCCCCGUUCUCGUCAUCACCAUCUCUCCCUUCGUCCCUCAAGAGGUCGUCAAGGCUAGCGGAACGCAUGCCACCGACACAACGCAACACUUGCUAUGGACCCAGCAUAUCGAGACGUUCCAGACCAGGCCGCCGAAGAGAUUGAGUCAAGCCCUCAUGCCGCUCACCCUGGCAAUGGCGGCGCGGCGGCAAACCGCGCAUCCUCGAACUCGCAGCACUCGAAGGAGAUUGGUGAUGGAUCGAGAUGGCUUACCGUAUGAAGUUCAUAUACAGUCAGCCCAUGAGAACCUGCAUCGUCAGGCGAACAAGGAGUCCCUCACUGAUAUCGAGCGCUCCAUCGACCAUAACCUGAGCGACGCAAAGGCGAAACGAGACAUGGAGCACGAAGGAAAGCUACAAAUCUUCUACGACCUCCAUGUAACCUAUGACUUCACGGAUUCCAGAGACUGGUCCACACUCUACUGCAAGUGGGCAAUCAGGACCGCGGAACAGGUGUGGUCAAGUCGGAGUGAAACUUGGUCAGUCAACAAUCGUCGUGCGAUCCAACCGAUCGGGCCGCUCUCAUCAUUCCUGAUCAAUGAUGAUGCUGUUCCUACCGCUGACGUUCGCCUAGGAACAACCCCUCGACGAAAUCACGCCAAACAAGAUGCGCUACAACUGUGCGACUCAGGAGAACAAGGACAAGAGCACAAGCAGCUAUGUGGGAAACAAAGAAAGGCCUGCAGAACGACAGAUCUUCUCGACAUCGUCCCAUCUGACGUGACACUAUUCAGGACUCGCAUCGCAUGUCUGUCCAGGAAGUCGUUGGUCUACAGAAUCUCAUUCGCGCGAGCCCGGCGCUCUCCAGCUCGUUCUCUCACUCUCGGUGUGUUCGGCUGCGUGAAGGCGGUGGUGAUCGAGAUUGAGAUCACCGCAGUGGCGCAGGCUGCUAGAGGUUGUGGUUGUUCCGAAGCUGGUUUCGCAGCUGGUUGUAUUGGGUCAGAUGGCGGCUCUGAGGCAGGCUGCGGCCGGUUGCGUAAGGGUGGUGGAGGUUGCGUCGACAAUGGCGAUUUCGAUUGUUGUGGCGACCAUGUCGGCUUUACCGCUCGGCGCGCUCAUAGGAUCCUCGAACAGCGUCAAAUUCGUGCAGCGAAACUGGACCGCCUACUGCGAGAUUGCCGCGGAGUCGCACGAGCGCACAUUGACGAUAUUACGAUGUUUUCGAAGACUUUGGAGGAGCAGCUGCACCAUUUGGAAGCCGUUUCCGCCAUCAGCCCCGAAAAGACCUUUCUAGGUUGUCCGUCGGCCACGUUACUCAUGCGUCGUUGUGACGUCCUCCAUCCUCUCGGUUGGGACCAGAUCGGCAGUGUGACCUUCACCACGGAUGCUGUAGACGCCGUACAUGCAUACCUACCCCCAGCAGUGGUCUUCAACGUUAUAGGGAAUGAUCGGCUCGCCGAGCUGACAGCAUUGGGGCAGAGGCAGUCCUUGAACGCAAACGUUGAGCGCCAGGAGCAUUGCAGCUCCUCUGGGCUAAUCACACCGGCGGCUCUCAUCCACAACAGCAUCAGCACGCAUCUGCAACCUCAUCGAUAG